GUUAUUCUAAUUCUUUGUUACCUCUUACAAUACUCAAGGAAUUCUUCUAUUAACAAAUUUGCUUGAAUGAUAGCACCCUCUAGCGUCAAUUCUCUGUAUACCGGGAUCAUCCGUUUCCAUGCUAUCCGAAUCUAUACUCUACAACGUCCGUGGCAACGCAGAACAAUCAGUAGCUGCGCAACAGCAACAGCAACAACACAGAAACAAUCAGAACCAGAAACAAACACAAAGGCAGAUACCACCCCCCGACAAAAUGACCCCUCAACACCCUCUCUAUCCGACCAAGUCCGUCUUCUCAUGCGACAAGUCCCCUACCCCGUCGCCAUCAUAACAGCCACAGAUCCCCACGCCCAUCCCGAAAGAGCCUUCCGCGGCAUGACCGUCUCCUCAUUCAACACCGUCUCACUCAACCCGGACCCCGUGGUGUCGUUCAACGUGAGACGGCCCUCGGAGACCCUCAAUGCCAUCUUGUCCUCUGGACGGUUUCUCGUCCAUUUGCUAGCGCCCAGCGAUGCGACAGCGGCACUGGCCCGAGAUUUUUCUAGGGGGAAUAAUCAUCUUUCUAUUUUGGCGGGGGAGGGACCGUUUGAGUUUGCCCACCAUUACUCUUCUGAUUUGAAUGGUGAAGUCGAAGGUGAAAUUGAAACAGCGAGACCGUUGCCUGUUCUUAGGAGGAAGGGACAGGGACGGGGGUAUUCUGAAUUGGAGUCCUUCCCUUUCGUGUUCGAAUGUAGAUUACAUCCUCAGAGGGUUGAGGUUCAUGAUCACACCAUCGUUCUUGGAAAGGUCGUCAGGACGCUAAGGGAACAGCGUCAUCAUUUAAUCGUCAGCGAUGGCGGUGAUGACAGCAGCAGCAGCAGGAACGAUUCUCAUCAGACGAAGGGUGAAAAUGCUCCUCCCGAGUCUCUAUGUUUGACGUACGCGAAUACCCGAUUUUGGAAGAUGGGUCAUGAAAUAUGAGGUUCAUGUUCGUUAGUACGGCAGUCUAUAGGGAUACGUAUAUAGACUUUGACACAAAAAGAAAAUAAGAGACACUUAAUGCUACAAAUAAG